AUGGUCACAAAUCACACGGCUCGCACCCCCUCGACAGAGCCACAGCAUCGAUAUCCCCCAGCCACACCUCAAUCGCAGAUUAGGCGCUUCGACAAUGAACAUACCGCGAACGAUGCAGGUCUCAUCAGCUACAUUGUGCAUACCGAAUCGAACGGUGUCAGCGAUCUCCGACUACAGGUCAGUCACGAGGCUUCUUCCAGCAAGCAACCCUUGCGUCCGCUGUACGUUCGAGAGCGGGCUCUGACGGAGCACGACGAGAUUGUCGACCAGAUUAUCGAUGCGAACACGGGCGCACCAUGCUGGACGAUUCACAGACCAACAAGAGGGUGGUACAUGUACCUGCGCUCUCCGGCUUUGCCGCAGGGGACUGCCAUCUCGUUUCGCUCCGGGACACAGGACCAAGACGAUCCCGCGGCAACUCCACUCACGUUCUCGCUCAACACAAGAGUGAGGACGCAAGUGCUUGACAAGGUCCGUUCUCGGAUAGCGUCAAGUCAGAUUGCUGAUCGCAGCUCGUCGGCAGACGCGAGAGAAGACGCCGACAGGACGAGUCAUGGGCUCGCGAUACACCUUGAAGAAGAGGAUGAUGGCGCAGAACAGGAUGCAGCACAAAGCGUGGCAGUAGCAGCGACGGGACGUCAAGAUCGCAAGACUGCCUCGGGUGGUCAUGCGAGGCGGCGAAGUGGUGUCGGCGGAUCAGGUACACAUUCGCUUGAUGCGCGGCAGCAUGGCAAGCGUCCGAGCUCCAACGUUGCUCGAAGCCCGAGGAUUCCAGAGACUCCCGACGAGACUUCCUCUUCCCUCUCUCAGCCGCCCGCACGUGAAUCACUCUCUCGCCUCGCCAUUCCAACCAAAAGCACAUCUUCCGCCUCUUCACCGCAAUCGUCCGGCGCAGAUCGACCCUACUCGCCCACGCUUCCCUCCACACCAGGCGCACCAGCCUCGCCCCUUGCACCACACACAUCCACAUUUCUGCUGACAAACGGUCAAGGUCCUCACCAGAGCCCAGCAACCCAAAGCUGGGCACGCUGGACCUAUUCAAAACUCCCCGCACCUAUCCGACCGUCCCUAUCGCUAGACGCGGAUAAGAGCUUCAGCCUGUUCUGGCUCAACCCUCCCGCAUCCAACCGCAGCACCACAGAAGGCGUGGAGAUGGCUCGCUUCGAGGAUCAAAGCGGUCGAUGGAUGUGGAACUCUCACACACGAGGUAGACUGACUUUACAGACUAGCGCGUUGCAAGCGGUGGGAUUGCAGAAGGAGUUUUGGAUCAGCGCUGCGCUGGCCUACAUCCAGUUUCUCGAGGACAAAGAUGCCUAUGAAGCUGCAAGAGACGCUUAG